AUGCGGCAGGAGAGGUUGGAAGAAGCUGCGAAGGCACAGGUUCGCCGUCUUUGUACUUUGAAGAAAAGGCGCGUGGCAUUGAACGUCCCAAACUGGCUGAUUGAAGAAUACCAAAAAAGACCAAAGAUCGAAACUGCCCGGAUGCUCAUGGCCGCCAACUUUGAUAAGGAGCAGUUCAUCAACACGUUGGAGAUCAUCGUUAAAAAGCAGUUGUCCCAAUCCAUCACCAUCGAAUCCCGGUGGGUGAGUGAGAAGGAGAUGCGAGAUGACCUGAAGUGGGCCCGCAUAGCGGGAGCAAAGAAGGCAUGCGAGGCAAAGAGAGCCACUCACAUCAGGAAAAACCAGUAUGAUGGCGUCGAAGAAUUCUACGUGGGCGUUCGCGAGACAGGAGAAAGGAAAGAAGAGGAAAUUCAAGUAUCUGACAAGCCCGCCUUGAACCAUGAUGCAUUCUCUGGCUUGGAGCGCCUGAAGGACAGGGUGGCUGCAGAUGGCAAGGCGCCAUCAGCAGAAGCAAGUGCCGCCAACCAACCGAUUGAGAAAAAACUUCAGAAGUUUAUGGACUCGAUCGUUCAGAAGUCUGGGAAAUGCAGAGCGCUAGUCCGGGACAUCCGCACAGAGUACUCCAACAGCCCGUUGAUGGUAAGGCAAGCACAGGACCUUGAGAACCGCGUGAAAGACUUGGACUCGCAGCACGAGAAAUGCAGCAACGUCAUGGCCAAGGGGGAGAUCCAAGGCUUCCCUCCCGAGUGCUCUGGUGCCUGCGCUGCGGAGGCGAAGCUGCGGAACUGCAAGAAGUAUGAGAAGAAGGACAAUUGUGAUCAUGAACCAUCACGAAAGGACAAGAAGUCCAAGAAAUCCAAGAAUAAGGACAAAGAUGAAAAUGCUGAUGAGGGUGGGAAGAAGCGCUCCCGUCCCAAGGAGAAGGAUUCCAACAAGGAGUCCAAAAAGAAGCGCUAG